AAACACAUGGUUCGUCUAAUGUCUUCUUUUUUGUCUGUAUAAUUUCUAUUUCUGUCGGAGUCUCUGUUGUCUGUCUUCCUAACUAGCUACUUCCUACUCUAUUAUACAUGUGGCAUUGAGUUGUAGUUGUUAUAUCUAUCGUUCUCUCUCAGGCUCCUCCAAACCUCCAGUAUUUGAUCGGAAUCUAAGGCAACGUUGAAGUCCAUAUAUGGCAGACAAAGAGCUGCGUGCGGCCACCAAUGAGGGUACAGCUGCAAGCAUCAGCAUAGCUGAGGACGAAGAUGACGGCGUGGACCUUCGAAGCUUGGCUAGUGAUCAGCCCGUGUCCCGCAAAGAAGCAGUGGUCCUCGAUCUGCCCAUGUACCAAAAAGACGCUUUGAUAGAUGUAAAAUUUGGUGCACAAUAUGCUAAUGUUUACCACGGCACAAGGGAGGUACCGAAUGUGACAAAACCAUCAAAGGAAUUCGAUCAAACACUCCUCGAGGAAAUAGAGUGUACCGCCUUGGAAGAUGUACAAUUCGCAGCGCAACAUGCUAAUGUCUACCAUGGCACUGGGGUACCAAAUGUAACAAAACCAUCAGAGGAAUUCGAUGGAGGACUCCUUGAGCAAACAGAUGGCGAUGAAGAUUCAAGCAGCUUGUCCUUUGUGCGGACCACUUUGGAAGAUGUAGAAUUCAGUGCGCAAUAUGCUAAUGCUUUCCAUGGGACAAGGGAGAAUGCAUCAAAGAAAUUGACAAAGAAGAAGGUAGUCCACGAAAGGCCCGUUCUUCAUCUACCCAUGCACAAUAGAACCCUUGUGGAAGAUGUAAAAUUCGUAGCGCAAUAUGGCACUAGGGACGUACCAAAUGUAUCAAAACCAUCGGAGGAAUUCGAUGAAGGACUCCUUGAGCAAACAGAUGGCGAAGAAGAUUCAAGUAGCUUGCGCUUGUACCAGCAGUUGUACUGCUACGCAACUCAGGGCAAGAUAGAUAGCUUUAAGGACACCAUUGAAAGGAAGCUUGAGGCAGAUGAAGUACACGAUCCCAAUGCUCGCGUUCGGCUUCUGUCUCGACUAAGCCCUCAUAAGAAUACAUUCCUUCACAUAGCUGCAAGCUUCGGCCAUGCGAAACUAGCAGCUGAGAUCAUACACCUUCACAAGCCCCUUUUGUUUGAGAAAAACUUUGAGGGCGACACUGCGCUCCACAUGACGGCCAAAGCUGGGGAUUUAGAUACAGCGAACACUCUUCUCCGUGAAGCCCCAGGCGCUGAAAAUGCUGAUGUGGUAUUCAUGUUGCGGACCUGGAUAAAUGAUGAGGAAAACACUCCCUUGCACGAGGCCCUGAUUCAUGGUCACCAAUCAGUAGCAAAGUGUUUGAUAGAGGCCUAUCCUGCCUUUUCUUUUUAUGUUAAUAAGGAAGCAAAGUCCCCUUUGUAUCUGGCCGCUGAGGAAGGGUUUGAUGAGAUCGUGAAACUAAUAAACAAAAAAGCAGUUGAGAAAAAGCCAGAAGUUCGUGUUAAUGGCAAGUCUCCGUUGCAUGCUGCAAUUCUAGGCCGCCGGAACAAUGAAAUCUUAAAGAUAGUAUCAAGCAUGGAGGAAAUUUUUCUGAGCUCAAAAGAUGAGAAGGGGAAGACUCCGCUACAUUCUGCAGCAUCAAUUGGUUAUGUAGAAGGGGUUCGCUUCUUAUUAGGCAGACGCAUCUCUGAUUCUCAUCAAAUGGAUCAUGGCAGCAACUUUCCAAUCCAUUCAGCAUCAAGCAAAGGUCAUGUCAAGAUUGUUAAAGAGCUGCUUCGACAUUGUCCCAAUUCAAAGGAAUUGAAGAACUCUAAUGGCGAAAAUAUACUCCAUGUUGCAGCAAGAUGCGGUAAAGACAAUCUUGUCAAAUAUUUUCUCAAAAAGGGUGAGUUUCGAAUGUUGAUAAACCAAAAAGACAGGAACGGAAAUACUCCUUUACAUUUGGCAACGAUGCACCACCAUCCCAAGGUUGUCUACAGAUUGGCUUGGGAUACGAGGACAAACAUAAAGCUCUUGAAUGAUAGCGACAUGACAGCUCUUGACAUUACAGAAAGCACUUUGGAAACUAUUGCAUCAUAUCAUGGGAGGCUUACAUGGACGGUAUUGAAAUCUGCUUUCGCACAGCGAGCUCAGAGUUUGCAUGUCCUCCAAAGAAAAAAACAGAGAUCGCCACAAGUAGCAGACAGUACUGGUGGAGGUUCGACUGACUUGGAAGUUACCAAACGAGGAAAGCAUUAGGGACAGGGUGAAUACUCUAUUGGUAGUGUCCAUAUCCACUGUUUCCAAAUAUUCGUUUCCAUUGUUUCCAAGUAUCAUCAUCCAAGGGGGAGGUACGUAUGAUGGUGGAGUUCGUAAUCCUUAUAUAAAUAUUAUAAAAUAAUAUUCCCUUUCUUAAUUCAAUUUUCCCACAAUACCUAUUCAUAGCAUAGAAAGUAAACUCAAGUAUAUUUUAUAUCCAGGGAGGUACCUAAGGUAGUGCUAAUAGCACUCAAACUAACAUUCUAACUCACAUCUCUCCUCAUCUCACAACCACAUCCCAAGUACCCCACACAUAUCCAACAAACAUAGCACUUUUCCGAGUAUUGUAUAUAUAUAACUCCAGAUACUAGAAUAUGUCAAAACUCACAUAUAUCACAAAUACUUACAAAGAUAAUAAAUUCAACCAAUAAAUAUAAAAUGCAUUUCGAUAAACCAUUACAUUCAUAUAUAAUACUUCCAUUACAAAAUCAUGCCAUUUAUUUCCAAUAAUCAUAACCGAGUCCCAAGACUCACUUUCACAACCCAACAAAUCGAGUAUCCCAUACUCAUCCAUUUCAUAAUUUCUAUUAUCAAAUAAUAUCCAAGAAUUCCAUAAAUAAAAACUAAACACUCUUGAAGACAAACGUCCACUUAAAUACUAAUAUUCAAAACUGAGACCCUAGACUCUCUCGCAAGGUUAUCCUAAUACUUUUCGAAGGGUAAAACAACCUCGGAAAACUCAUGGUCAACCGAGAAUCAAACUGUCCAAACUUGGCCAACCGGGCCUACGGGGCCCACAACCUCCGUUUUAUGAUCCGGAAGUUCCUAAGAGUUCCACAAGGUCUAAGAUACACAUCUUGGAAGUUGGUCCCGAUCGGACAGUCGGAUCACUCAUGCACGCACGAUCGGACGAUUAUCGUAAAACACAACCUUUAAGUUAUUGAAUCGGAACAUCCGGGUCUCCGAUUCACGAUCCGUGAAUUCUUACACGAUCCUAGGAAUACAAGGAACAGCAUAUAUGAAUUUGGAAGUGAUCCAACGGUUCUAACAUAUCGAACCCGGAUAACACAAGAUAUGUAAAAUCCGUUCGGGGUUCAAACGUUAUCCGAAUUGAGAUCCGCGAAUUCCUAUGCACUCGUGACAAUUAGGAGAUCAUUUUAGGAUAGAAUGCCCCUCUGCUACAGUGUCCACGCGCUGGCAGCGCGUGGAUGUCCAAAGCGAUAUCGCUUCGCCGGAAAAUCUGAAAAUCACGGCCCAAGACUCCUACCUUAGGUAAAACACCUAAUUUGGAGCCACUUUUGUUCUUGGACAUACCCCAAAAAGUGGCCGGAAGUGGCCGGAAAUUCAACCCGAAGUCCGGCCAAACUUAAAUUCGAAAAUCGAACUACCUACGCUCAAAAUUGACGCAAUUCUACAAAACCAGCAGCUAGAUCACGAAAAAUAGGUGAGAAACCAUACCUAACUC